GUUAUGUAUUGGUUAAGUUAAGUGUAUUCAUGAUUACGGGAAUAUGGAAUAAUUGUGUUAAAAAUUGAUUUUACUUUUUAAAUAAAUUAAUUUAAAAAAAAUUAGAUAAUUUAAUUAAAAUAAAUCAGUGUGCAUUAAUUAAUUUAAGUUGGUAAUACAAAAUUGUUCGAUGCUCCGAAUGUCGUAUACAUAUAUGAAUCAUGGUGGAUCGACUAGUCAAUAGCGAAGCAAAUGCUCGCCGAAUUAAUAUGGUUGAGAGCUGUUUCGGCAGUUCUGGACAACCGUUAGGAGUACCCGGACGAGUUUUGGUUGGUGAAGGUGUUCUUACAAAACGAUGCCGCAAAAAAGCUAAAAGUCGUCAAUUUUUUUUAUUUAAUGAUAUACUUGUAUACGGCAACAUUGUGAUUAAUAAGAAAAAAUAUAAUAAACAACAUAUAAUUCCUUUGGAAGAGGUUAAAUUGGAAUCAUUGGAGGAUGAUGGCCAGUUUCGAAAUGGGUGGCUAAUACGAACCGCUUCAAAAUCAUUUGCUGUGUAUGCUGCAACUGCAACUGAAAAGCAAGAAUGGAUGGCACACAUAAACAAAUGUAUUGAAGAUUUACUCCGUAAAAGUGGUAAGAAACCAGUAGAAGUACAUGCAGCUGUAUGGGUUCCUGAUAAUGAAGCAACUAUUUGCAUGCAUUGUAAAAAGACUCAAUUUACCGUUCUCAACCGAAGACAUCAUUGUAGAAAAUGUGGAGGUGUAGUUUGUGGCCCUUGCUCAAAUAAAAGAUUUUUACUUCCAAACCAAAGCUCUAAACCUUUAAGAGUAUGUUUACAAUGCUAUGAUAUAUUGUCACGAGCAAAAACUCAAUCUGGAAAUAUAACUUUAAAUAAUUCAAAAGGAAUCAAUGAUAAAGAUCGAAGUGGUUCUGCGGAAUCAUCUCUUGAAGAAGAUUCAGAUGAUGAAGAUGAUGGUAUACGCCAUCAUGGAGAACCUUAUGAAGAGAGAUUUAAGAGUCAUUGUCUUAGUUAUCAAUGUUAUUGACACAUAUUUUUACCCAAAUUUUAUGGAGAUUCAGCUGCCGACCGACACGAAGUACAUGAUGAAUUAAACCA